AUGCCCACAGCCAGACCCAGGACAUACCCGCCCACCAAGCGCAAAGCCAGUGGCGACUUCCUCCGUAAAGGUCAAUGGACUAGCACGGAGGAGAGACUAGCCCGUCUCUUGAUCGAGGCAUUUGAAGAAGGCUACUUGCCGAUCUAUACAGGCAUCCGACUGCGUGGCUACUUGGCCGUGCAGCUGCAAUGUGACCCCAUGCGGGUGUCCAAGAAGCUCUGUGCCGGUACCAUUGACGGCAAGCCAGUACCCAAGAACUACGGCCAGAAGAAGUUUAAGCUUCGUAAGAAAUCCAAUUGGGACUCGGACGAGGCGGCUUGUCGCAUAGCAGAGCUCCAGAGACUUACCAGAGCGCUGUGGACUGAGGCACGCAUAAGGAAACCCUCAUUCCUCACGCUGUCAACUACUCGCAAUGUGGCUAAGAGACGAGGAUCUGCUGAGGAUGACGACUCCAUGUCGUCACCUCCCAGUGGUCGAUCUCCGUCAUCAACGCCCAGAGCGAAGAAACAGAAAGUGUUUCCCAUCAUUUAUUUAAACCUGUCCAAGCUUAAACGCUAUUCGGGCAGAGGCGACAGCUGGACGGAGAGUCCUUGCAAGCUGCAUACGACCUGCUGA